AUGAAGGCUCAUGACUAUGAAGCUCAUCGUGCACAUAACGUGUACUACCCAUUUGCUGACAGGGAGGAAUGGGAGUUAGCAAAAUUUCUUAGUGACAAUCUUAACCAGGGUCAAAUUACUAGGUUUCUGAAGCUAUUGUGGGUUAAGUCAGAAACACGGAAACCACUGGCGUAUAAGUCUGUGCAACAGAUGUUCACCUUCAUGGAUGCCCUGCCAAAGGGACCGAAAUGGCACUGUACAACCAUUCAUACCGAAGGUUACAUCACCACCCAUCCUGUACACCUAAUCUGGCGUGAUGCCCUGGAGGUGACGCGGCACAUUUUUGAUAACCCGGUAUUCGCCAACGAUAUGGAGUUUGAUCCAUUUUUCCGGAAGUUCAUCCGGAUCUUUCCCAUGGACCAGCUCCCAUCGGGUGCUACUAUUGUUCCAAUAGUUCUUGCUUCUGAUAAAACCCCGGUCACCCGCCAAUCAGGUGGGCUCGAGAUGCAUCCUAUGUUUCUCACUACAGCCAACAUUCGAUCGGACAUCCGCAUGAAAGCUACUUCACAUGCAUGGUCAUGCAUCGCGUAUAUGCCUAUCCCACAAUUCAUUUGUCAUCCAGACUUCUGCUCACUCUUGCAAGCCCGUGUCUGGCACUGGUGUGUAGAUAUUGUUUGUGAAAACCUUAAAAUCACCACUGCAACUGGCACAAGCAUGGUGGAUCCAUCUGGUCACUCGCGCUACACAUUCACCCCCCUUGUCACGUACACUGCGGACCUCCCCGAACAGCAGAUGAUUGUGUGUGUCAGUAAGAACGCAUCACCCGUUACCUUGGCUACCCAGUCACAGUUUGGGGAUGGUGUAUCAUACCCUCCUCAUCAUGGGAAUAUCACGAUUGAAGCGCUGCACCGACUUUGCCAACACGUGGAUCCCUGGAAGGUUCAAGAAUUCCAAGAGGAAGCCAAAUCACUUUACCUCAGCGGGGUCCAACUUCCCUUCUGGCACAACUGGCGCUUUAGUGAUCCUGCAUAUUUCCUUGCACCUGACAUCCUACAUACACUCCACAAAUUUUUCUUUGACCAUAUCUUCAAGUGGUGCAAGGAAAUUCUGGGGGCGGAUGAGCUCAAUUCGCGCUUUCAUAGACAGCACAAACAUAUUGGCACUCGUCAUUUUUCCCAAGGUGUGUCGCACGUCCAGCAAAUGACUGGGUGGGAGCAUCAGGAUAUCCAGCGCACAAUUGUUGCUACACUUGUGGGUGUUGCUGAUGCGAACUUUAUCCAAGCAAUCUGUGCACUUAUCGAUUUCAUUUACCAAGCUCAAUCUCCAACUUUCACUCCGUCCUCAAUCACUGCUAUGACAUCCUCACUCGAAGAAUUCCAUCGCUUCAAAAGAGCUAUUAUCAGCACUGAGGCUUGCAGGGGGACCUCCGGUCCUAUCAAGCACUUUGAAAUACCUAAACUCGAACUUCUCACUUCAUUUGCUCAAGCUAUCCCUAAUCUUGGCGCCCCAAUCCAGUUUACAUCUGAGACCAGCGAACGCAUGCUGAUCACGCAUUGCAAAGGUCCUUUUACACGCACUAGUCAUCAGCGUGCAAGCUUUACGCAGCAAAUUGUCCGCCUUUUGGAUUGGGAAGACACAGCAUGCCAAUUCGACUUGUAUGCUCUCCUCCGCUCAAAAUCGUUGUCCAUCAAUAAUCUGAUCGAUAAUGAAUUUGAGGAAGUUGUCGACAUCGACCUGGCGUUUGAUUGGAUCAUGCACAUCUCUCCCGAGGAAGUUUCUCAUUUUCAUGGUCCCUGUCCCGUCCACAACCAUUUUCUCAAGGGGCUUCUUUCAGAAGAUAGCCAUGUCACAUUCCAUGUUACUGUUUCUAGUGAUCUGGCUGACAAGUCACCUAACUUUUUGGCACGGUUAUAUCAUCUUCCGAACUUCCCUAAUCUACUUCAUGCCUUUAUUGAGCGCAUCAAUGGGUCAGGGUCCCACUUUCAAAUGUGUCUCCUUAAGGUUUGGAACAAAUUCCAUCUACAGUUACAUUCAGACCUGCACCCACGUCUUGUGAUGCCAAGCCAACAAGUACAAGCAUAUCCACCGUCCGGAGCGUAUCCCCUUGGAAAUUGUGAUAUGGUACUCCUGCGGACGCAGAAUGAUGAUCAAGUCGUAGUUGCACAAGUUCGAAUGGUAUUUAGCUUGUCAACGAGGGGUUCUGCACUGCCUCCCGGACUUUCUGAGCCACUUCUUUAUGUGCAACUCUUUGAAGUGAUCUCGCGUCCGCAGGAUGAUCAUGCGGUUAUGAUGUACCGUGUCAAGCGACGGCUUGGAAUGAUUAUACCGCUUGUUGAUGUCACUCAUGUGAUCAAGUUGAUUCCUGAAUAUGGUCAAAGAGUUAAUCGUGAUGUUACUGCUGCGACAUCCUUGGAACUUUAUGAUACCUUCUACCUCAACAGUUUUUCAGACAAGGAAUGGUAUCACACAUUGCAUGCAGAUUUUUAUUAG